GUUGUUGUUCUCCUUCUGGCGCUCGAGCCGACUCGUCGCCUCUGCUUCUCGCUCUCCGUCUCUUCUGCGAACGACGGCGGCCGCCGCCUAACCAGCCAGCCAGCCAGCCAGCCAGCCAGCCAGCCGCCGCGUUGCCGGAAGGUGAGAGCCUCGGUCGCUUCUGCUUGCGGUUCGUGCGGGAUCUCAGUUCUUCUCUGUCCAGCUCGACCUGCUCGUUUCGUGAAAUCGCCAUUGCUCCGUUAAGUUAGCCUCCGGAUUCUGAUCGAGCGCUCAGGAGGGAGCUCCGUGCUCCUGCGUCGAUCCUCUUUCAGCUUUGUGCUGACUAUCUGUAUUAAGGUUUCGUCGAGGGAACAAGUUUCGAUGGAGGAGGAACGCUUGGAUUCUACUUUCAAAAAGGAAAGGAGAAGGAAGAAUAAGAAGAAGGAGAUCGAGGCAAUGGCGAGUGAAAAGAGAUUGGAGGCCGGGGAUGAGGGGGAGGGGAGUAGGAAAAGGAGAAGGAAGGAGAAGCUUCUAGAGGAAGCUGCGGAGGACGGCGGACCGCGAGCUGUAGGCAUCGAUAGUGAGAUCGAUGGUCGUGAAAACGAAGAGGAUAGUAAUCAGAAUGGAGGAGCUGAUGCUGCGAGAGCGAGGGAUGUCGAUUCUGUGAAUCCUCCAGACGACGUGGAGAUGGAACCGAAUGGCGAGGAGGCGAUGAGGAAAAUUAGGAAGAAGAAGAAGAAGACGCAGUUGGCGAAGGAGGCUGCUCGAGCCGGGAAUCGCGGGGUCUGCUACUUGAGCAGGAUUCCUCCUCACAUGGAUCAUGUGAAGCUUCGCCAGAUUCUUUCUCAGUAUGGAGAAAUACAAAGGAUAUAUCUUGCGCCCGAAGAUCCUGCGGCUCAAGUGAAGCGCAAACGUGCCGGUGGCUUUCGAGGACAAGGAUUCUCAGAAGGAUGGGUUGAAUUUGCCAAGAAAAGUGUUGCAAAGAGAGUUGCUAACAUGUUAAAUGGUGAACAAAUAGGAGGGAGGAAGAGGUCCUCAUUUUAUUAUGAUCUCUGGAAUAUCAAGUAUUUAAGCAAAUUCAAGUGGGAUGAUCUUACUGAAGAAAUCGCUUAUAAGAAUGCUAUUCGGGAGCAAAAGCUGGCUUUAGAACUUUCUGCUGCCAAGAGAGAGCGGGAUUUCUAUCUUUCUAAGGUUGAUCAGUCCCGAGCCUUAAGCUCCAUAGAGGAACGGCUCAAGAAGAAGCAAAGGUCACAAGAAGGUUCAGUGAAAAGCCCUGAGCAACUGGUCAGCCAGCCAGUGGCAAAGGUGAUUCGCCAGUUCCCAAAAGCAACCGGUUGCUAAAAAUGCAGCCCAAAACAAACCUCGUCUCUCUAAAGAUAUUCUAGCUGGGGUGUUCGGCGCUUCCUAGUAUCACUCAGUUCGCAAGUGUCUAAUUUGGUCGUUAAAAAGUCGAGCCUGAUAAGAACACAUUUUGCCGGUGUAUGGCUCAACGGAACCUUUGGCUAUGUAAAAUUCUUAAAUUGGACAUGCCUCAAUUUUGUUUGGCAACAGUUUUGCUGGUGUACAAGUCACUCAGUUUAAUCAAUUAUUUUGCCAGUAGCAGUUCCCAUCUUUACUGAA